UCUUCUACGGAAAAGUUCUCUCGCCUGCGGCAUCAGAUCUAGAGUCUUCUUCGCUUGGGCCUCACUGCGUGGGUUAUUUAGUGGUUUCCGUUCGGGGAUUUUCUUCGAUCAAUUGGUUUAAUUUGUUUCUUUAGUCGGCGAGUAGAAAGGUAGAAGCAAAGAUGUUUGGGAGGGCACCGAAGAAAAGCGACAACACGAAGUACUAUGAAAUCCUGGGAGUUUCGAAGAACGCUUCCCAGGAUGAUCUGAAGAAGGCUUACAAGAAGGCAGCUAUCAAAAAUCAUCCCGACAAGGGCGGUGAUCCGGAGAAGUUUAAAGAGCUGGCCCAAGCCUAUGAAGUGCUGAGCGAUCCUGAAAAACGUGAGAUAUAUGAUCAAUACGGGGAAGAUGCUCUUAAGGAAGGAAUGGGCGGUGGAGGCGGCGGCCACGACCCAUUUGACAUCUUCCAGUCUUUCUUUGGUGGCAGUCCUUUUGGAGGUGGUAGCAGUAGAGGACGGAGGCAGAGACGGGGAGAAGAUGUGGUUCACCCUCUGAAGGUCUCUCUAGAGGACCUAUACCUUGGAACAUCCAAGAAGCUCUCCCUCUCGCGAAAUGUGAUAUGCUCAAAGUGCAGUGGUAAGGGGUCAAAAUCAGGGGCCUCCAUGAAGUGUGCUGGUUGUCAAGGAACUGGUAUGAAGGUUUCUAUUAGGCACCUCGGUCCCUCUAUGAUUCAGCAAAUGCAGCACCCUUGCAAUGAAUGCAAGGGUACUGGAGAAACUAUAAAUGAUAGAGAUCGCUGCCCACAAUGCAAGGGAGAGAAGGUUGUCCAAGAGAAGAAAGUACUUGAAGUUAUUGUGGAGAAGGGGAUGCAGAAUGGACAGAAGAUUACAUUCCCUGGUGAAGCAGAUGAAGCGCCAGAUACAAUUACUGGGGAUAUAGUCUUUGUCCUACAGCAGAAGGAGCAUCCCAAGUUCAAAAGAAAGGGUGAAGACCUUUUCGUAGAGCACACUUUAUCCCUCACUGAGGCUUUAUGUGGCUUUCAGUUUGUGCUCGCUCACUUGGAUGGAAGGCAGCUCCUUAUUAAAUCCAACCCUGGUGAAGUUGUCAAGCCGGAUUCUUAUAAGGCUAUCAAUGACGAGGGAAUGCCGAUGUACCAGAGGCCAUUCAUGAGAGGAAAGCUUUAUAUUCACUUUACGGUUGAAUUCCCUGACUCUCUUAGUCCCGACCAAGUUAAGGCGUUGGAAGCUGUACUGCCUCCACGGCCUUCAUCACAGCUGACAGACAUGGAGCUGGAUGAGUGCGAGGAGACGACACUUCAUGAUGUUAACAUGGAGGAGGAGAUGAGGAGGAGGCAACAAGCUCAGCAGGAAGCAUAUGAGGAGGAUGAGGAUAUGCAUGGCGGUGCUCAGAGGGUACAGUGCGCCCAGCAGUAAUGAGUCGAUUUGGCCAAAUGUAGAAUCAAAGACGAUAAAGAUUCGAACUGAAAGCAAAUGUAGUGUUUGAUGAUGGAUUUUGAAAAUUUUAACCGUCUACUUAUCUGUUGUCGAAUGGAUAACAUCCAUUGUGACGUCCUAAAUACUCUAAUCUGCCUGUAGGGAAACUUGUCUUUCUACGCAGUUUCAGUUUUAUGGCUCAUUUUUGGUGUUUCUUAUUGGA